AUGACUGCAGAAGACAGCAAAAACACGCAUAUUAUUUUCUUACCAGAUGUCUGGCAGCCAAUUGACAAAAUUUGUGGUUCUCUUCCCUUUCAGUCACCAAAUGAUGACAUAUUUUCUAAAAAGGAAACAUUUUUUGCUAUUAUUCGACAAGAAAAUAUAUCUGCUAAUGGAAUGAUAUGGCUUAGUUUACAUCUGAAAUAUCGAGCUGUUUUUUGCCAGGCAAUUGAGCAACUUUUUUAUGGAAGUGGCCCUUUGACCGUUUGUGAACGACAUUAUAUCGCUCUGAUGGCAUCAAGCAGGCAUCAGUGUCAUUUUUUGAUGGAUUUACAUACACGUGAAUUUGAACGCACCGGAGGGAACCACGAAUGGUUGAAAGGAUUACGGCAUGUUCCGGAAAAACUCAAAAAACUUGAUGCUUUGAGUACUGUAUUAGCUCAUCAACCUUGGUCGACUACUAUGGACCACUUGACCGUGCUUACAAAAUGCUCAUCAUCAGGAAACUGGUCUCUUUCCGAAUUAGUUCAGGCAUCAAUUGUCCUAGCUCAGACUCAUGUAUUGUGUUCUUUUGUACUAGGUAGUGGUACCAUACAACCUGAUGGAUAUAAUGGGUUACAAAAAAUGAUAACUGAAAAAGAAAAUGGUAGUAACCAGGAAAUUGAUUUUUUGUUGGAAAGAAUGGAUCAGUUGAAAAAGUCAGAAUCUGUUGAGCAGUUAAGUGAACUGCAGUUGCAGAAGUAUUUUUUAGAAGUACAAACUGACCGAAAUGAUACACCACCAAAAGAUUAUGUAAUUUUGUUUACAAAAAAAGCGGUGAAGUCAUCGCCAGGAAGUAGUAGUUCAAAAGUUGAUUCCAAGGAUGAGAAUGUGAUGCCAUAUUGCUGUCAUCGUGCUUCAUUGUAUACUUUCGAUAAUCGUUUUGCUUACAUGGAUUUCGCUUCACGUGCUCAUGCUGGAUAUGCACGCACUCAUAAAAUUCACGAAUUGUCGUGGGAAGAUCAAGGCUACAGUUGUGUAGAUGAAUUAUAUAAUGAAAUGGCAGAUAUUUUGGAUAAAAAAUUUACUCUUACUCAAAAUCUUACUUAUUUUACGAUGGGCGGUUAUAGUGAUGUAGACACAAGCAAGUACCGUAAUGCUAUCUGGAUGUAUAUCCAAUCUUUAUACGGCAUUCGCCAUGACGACUAUAAUUACGCAAAAGUAAAUAUUAUGUUGAGUCGGCAAAUGAAAACGUUUAUCAAAACAAUAUGUUGCUUUCCAGAUCAAACUACCCAUUCAUUACGGCAGUCCGUGAUGGUCGACUUCAAACCUUCUGAAAAGAUUCACGUGCUGUUGAUGAUUAUGGAAGCACGUCUUCAGGCUGAACUAAUUUACUUUUUUCGCGCAUUAGUCAAACUCAACAAUUCAUCAUUAACUGCCUGA